AUGCCAUCUGUUUAUGGUACUAUUUUUAAAAAAAACUCUCUUGAUUCCAAUUCAAACCAAGAAGCUCCCGUAUGUCCAAAUAUCUAUGUGACUAUUAAUGGUGAUGAUUGUAAUUCUGUGGCAAAGCGAUUCAACUUUUCAACGGCAUCUUUGCUUGAAAUAAACUAUCCUGUGCUGGACUGCACCAAUCUGACUCCAGGUUCACCUAUUUGCAUUUACUGCAAUAGUCGGUUUCCUAUUUGUCAUCCAACAACUCCGCUUCCACCCAACGUUCCUCCUCCGCCACCUUUAUCUAGUUGUCAAAAAACAUAUACGGUUGUUGCAGGAGACUCGUGCUGGCAGAUUGCAGCAACUCUCAAGACCACCGUCGAUAAUAUUCAAAGACUCAAUAACUGGCUUUCAUGUUAUACUCAGUAUAUCUAUCCUACUCAAAUCCUGUGUGUUGGUUGA